AUGAUGCACACAAAGCUCACGGUUGCUGCCUUGGCCAUGGCGUCGGUCGCGGCCACCGACAUCUUUUCGGACGCGACGCUGGACGCGAUCAAGGAGCUGCAGCAGUGGAAGGAGAGUGCGGCGGGCCAGAAGGCCAUCGAGGCCGGCUUUGUGCCGACCACCGAGUCCGACGGCCGCCAAGAGGCUGGCACGACGCUCGAGGCCGUCGAGCUCGAGCGCUUCCUGGAGACCAAGAAGAUCGUCGAGCAACUCAACAAGGACUACCCGGACGCCGAGUUCUCGGUCGACAACCCGUUCGCGCUCCUCACCGAAGACGAGUUUGCGCAGUACGUCAUGGAGUCGUUUGGCCCGCCGACCCGCAAGUUGCGGUCGACGCACCCGGUCGGACGGGACCUCUCGGUGGCCCAGCGCCAAGCCGAAGACGAGAAGGACUGGUCGAGCCACAAGUGCAACGGACCGGUCAAGCACCAAGGCGGCUGCGGGUCGUGCUGGACGUUUGCGGCGACGGGCCAGGCCGCAUUCUCGCACUGCCUUGCGACCGGCGAGCUUCUCGACCUCUCGCAACAGCAGCUCGUGAGCUGUGCGCGCGACGCCGGCCAGGGCUGCAAGGGCGGCUGGCCCCCGAACGCGCUCGAGUACAUUCGCAAGACCGGUGUCUGCAUGGACGCCGACUACCCAUACGUCUCGGGCAACACCAAGCAGGACGGCACAUGCCAAGAGUCGUGCAAGAAGACGAAGCUCCAGAUCGGCGACACGGUUGAAAUCCAAGGCGAAGGCGCGCUCCAAGAAGCGCUCAACGACCAGGUCGUCGAGGUCGCUGUCGAGGCCGGCAACAACGUAUGGAAGAACUACAAGAAAGGUGUCAUUCGGCAGUGCCCCGGCGCGCGCGUCGACCACGCCGUCAUUGCUAUGGGCUAUGGCACCAAAGACGGUGUGAACCACUUCAAGAUCAAGAACUCGUGGGGCACGACGUGGGGCGAGCAAGGGUACGUGUACCUCGAGCGCGGUGUCGGCGGCAAGGGCAUGUGCAACGUCGCCGAGUACCCGUCGUAUCCCAAGCUGGCAUCGUCGCCCAAGCCGACGUCUGACAAGCCGACGCCCGCGCCAACGUCGGACGAGCCCUCGAACGAACCCACAGACGAACCCACGAACAAGCCCACGACCAAGCCCACUGGCAAGCCCACUGGCAAGCCCACGACGUCGCCCACGACGCACAAGCCCAAGCCGACGCAGCAGCCCAAGCCGACGUCCGGCGAGCCGACGACCAAGCCGACCCCGACGUCCAAGGCGCCGUCCAACAACUGCGGCGGCUGCACGGGUUGCUACUACCCCAACCAGCGCGCGUGCCAGCCGGCCUUUGACAAGGCCACGUGCGACGUCAUGACGCCGUACUAUGGUACUAUCUGGUGCGGCAACUAAGUGGUAUAGUGUCCAUUGUGUCUUGUAUGACUAAAAACCAC